GAUUCAUAUAAUUUCGUACAGUGGUUUGAAGUUCGUUAGGAUCGAAACUAUAAAACUAUAAAUAUGGCCAACGAAAAACCUACGAAACAAACGGAGGACGAAGAGUUAAAUAAUUUAUUAGAUAGUGCUUUGAAGGAUUUCAAUAAGGAGCAAAAGUUUGAUAAGGAAGAUACAAUUAAAAUAGAUACUUCCGAAUCCACAACAAACAACAAUGCACCUGACAUUUCAGAAGAUGGUUGGACAACGGAUUUUAUUAAACAAGCGGCAGAACAAUUUGAGGAAAAUAUGCAAAAUUUUAUACAACAUGGAACGGAUAAUGAAUUAGGCGCUUUCCAAAGGAUGGCGCAAGCAGUUGCUAGUGUAAUAAAUGAUGAAAGUACCCUUGAUAAAGAUGGUGUGAGUACAGAUUUUCAGUCUGCCAUUGCACGAGCAUUAAAUGACUUGUCUGCAACCUCAGAAAAUUUACAGAGCGAGGCUGAUUUAUCUGAAAUGUUUGGGCAAGUAUCCUUAGAAGAUGGUCCUGGUGCCAUUUUACCAUUUAUGCAAGGAAUGUUGCAGCAUUUACUAUCAAAAGAAAUUUUAUAUCCGACAUUGAAAGAAUUAGUAGAUAAAUAUCCUGAAUGGCUAGAAAAGAAAAAAGCAACAAUAUCCACAAGUGAUCUGCAGAGGUCUACGAAACAAUUUGAAUUAAUGCAGCAGGUAUGUACUGAACUCGAUAAAGAAAAAGACGAUGAUACAGAAGAAAUGAAAAAGAAACGUUUUGAAACAAUAAUAUCACUUAUGCAAGAAAUACAAGGUUAUGGGCAAUUACCCGAAGAACUCGUAGGAGAACACACAACUCCUUUUCAAAUCGAUACAGAAGGCGAUCCUAUGAUUCCAGCGUUAUUACGUAACAUAGAAUCACCACAAAAUUGUUCUUUAAUGUAAAUCAAUUUUCUAAUAGUGCAAUUUCUGUGUCUCAAUAGGACAACAAAUUGCUAUUUUAAGAAAAAUUCAGGUAAUGCAUUGGGUGUUUCAGACAUGUACAUAUCUGUUAUAUGUACAAGAAAUAUAUGGGAAUUUAUUUAAUACAACUUAUUAUUCUCAGUAAUGUUAUGUUCAGAAUUUCAUGUUUGUAAAUAGAAAUAUCUUUCGUAUAUACAUACAAGCGCGUAUGUGUAUAUAAUCGCUUUUAGUGAUAUAACGUGAGCGUAAAUUAUAUUAAGCGACGGUACAGAUUGAUGUUGCGGUGACAUCGUUGAUGUCGCUGACACAAAGGUCGUGUGCAGAUUACAGCUCCGGUAAAAUAUCUGACAGUAAAAUGGACAAAGGUAGUCAAAUCAACUUUUACUUGUAACUCAGAUUAUUUACCAUCAAGUAUUAUUAAUUCAGUGUCAUUAAAUUCUUUUUAGCAUUUUGAAUGUUUAAAAGAUUUUUAAUUCUUGCGCGUUAUCAUCAGUAAUAUAUUAGAACGGAAAAAUUCACUACAAAUUAUCAUUGUAUGUCAUCAAAUAAUGCUCAAGUUCUUUAUCUUUCGCAAAUAUCCUAAGUUACAGCGGACGAAACAUUUGUAGUUUUUUGUUAGACUAAUUUUAUAACCUUACUGUAUUAUUCAAUGUGUCUAUAUUAUGAAAUAUACUAAAAUAUUAAAC